AUGGUUAUGUAACUGCAUAAAAAGCAAGAGGAUAGUUGAGAAAAGGCUUGGGUCAAGUUUAAGUUUAAUUGUCAUUCAGCAAUUCAACAUUACCCAUAAAUACAGCCAAACGAAACAGCAUUCUUCCGGGACCAGGCUCACACAGCACGUAGCAUAUCUAGUUACAAUAGCAGUAAAUGUGCAGUCACAAAAAUUAUAUAUAUAUAUAGUCCAAGUCCCCUUGUGUCAUGGCCUAUAGAUUGAUGCUGCAGCAGUCCUCAUCACAUGCUUGCGCAGCUGUAGACGAAUGCAAUCCAAUUCAUCUUCCACUGAACUAACAGAGUAGGGCAGCACCAGGUGGGGCCAACCCCCAACCAAGCAUGGAUUCCAGCUGUUCCUCACUGGUCCCAGUAUUUACUUCCCUGAAUGGCUGCAAAAGGUGACCCCAUGGCAUGAGGGCCUGGUCUGUGCAACAAGUGAAACCAUGCAGCUCCUGUCGCCAUCAGUCUUGCCAGCGAACUGGACUUGGAGUAUUCUACACUCCCAAUGUUCAGCAAGGUCAUAAGAAAAACAUUCAAGACAAUCAUUUGCACCUUUUGUAUGACUGCACACUGUCUCUGGUGCCUUUCUCCUUUGGGUAGCUGUAGCCGUCGACAACAUGGUUCGCAACAAUUCCAGCUCCACUACAACUGAGCAAGUUGCAAGAUGUUCUCAAUAUCCAGUGCAGAAGAUGCAAAUGGCAAACAAUUACACCUUUGUUUGGACCUGGAGAGGCAUAUGCGACUAUGCUUGUUGCCAUCUUACUAGAAGAUUCUGAUGGGAAGCAGAAGUAAUUUAUGCUGUGGGAAAAUGGUAUUAAUGGAAUUCUAGCGGAUGAGAUGGGCCUGGGAAAGACUGUCCAGUGCAUUGCCAUGAUAGCUAUGAUGGUGGAGCGAGGGGUCCCAGGACCUUUCUUUGUCUGUGGUCCUUUGUCUACUCUCCCAAAUUGGGUAUCUGAGUUCAAGAGGUUUACUCCAGAGAUUCCUGUGCUACUCUAUCAUGGGAACCAAAAGGAUCGCCAUCAAAAGCUGCGUAAAAUUCACAAACGACAGGGGUCUCUACACAUCCUACCAGUAGUGGUCACUUCUUAUGAAAUUGCAAUGAGAGACAGAAAAUAUUUCCAGAAUUGUCACUGGAAAUAUCUCAUAGUGGAUGAAGGCCAUAGAAUCAAGAACUUAAACUGUCGCCUGAUUCAAGAGCUGAAACGAUUCAACACUGACAACAAGCUGCUGUUGACUGGAACCCCUCUACAGAAUAACUUAGCGGAGCUCUGGUCAUUGCUUAACUUUCUAUUACCUGAUGUUUUUGAUGACUUGAAAAGUUUUGAAUCUUGGUUUGAUAUAUCCACCAUCACAGAAAAUGUUGAGGAUAUAGUUGCAAGUGAACGGGAACAAAAUAUUCUGCAUAUGCUUCACCAGAUCCUAACUCCGUUCCUGCUGAGAAGGUUGAAAUCUGAUGUCACUCUGGAUAUUCCUCCAAAGCGAGAGGUUGUGGUUUAUGCACCUCUGAGCAAGAAGCAGGAGUCAUUCUACAUGGCCAUAGUUAAUAAGACCAUCAGGACACUGCUGGGACAGGAGUCUGAACAAGAAAAGCCACAACUGACUUCUUCAGGGCGGCCGAAGCGUCGAAGCAGAAAACAUAUAAAUUAUUCAGAAAAUUAUGAUGAUGAUAAAUUGGAGAAACUGAUUGCAGUCACGCAGCAGGAUACCUGCGAACAGAGGCCUGUUUUGGAUGUUUCUGUUCCACAAGAAAAGGAAGUUCACUUAAAACUGCAAAAUGUGUUGAUGCUGCUGAGGAAGUGUUGUAACCAUCCUUACCUAAUUGAGUAUCCUUUGGAUUGCAGCACCCAGGAAUUUAAGAUAGAUGAAGAGUUGGUGAAAAGUUCUGGAAAAUUUCUUAUCUUGGAUCGAAUGCUGCCAGAGCUCAGAAAAAGAGGGCACAAGGUGCUGGUAUUUUCUCAAAUGACGUCAAUGUUGGACAUCCUGAUGGACUACUGCUACCUGAGAGACUAUAAAUACAGCCGCUUAGAUGGUUCCAUGCCUUACAAUCUGCGCGAGGAAAAUAUAAACAACUUCAACAAUGAUCCUGAAGUUUUCCUCUUCUUACUGAGCACUCGAGCUGGUGGUUUAGGCAUUAACCUGACAGCAGCAGACACUGUCAUUAUAUAUGAUAGUGACUGGAAUCCUCAGGCUGAUCUUCAAGCUCAGGAUCGGUGCCAUCGAAUUGGUCAGAGCAAGCCAGUUGUGGUGUAUCGCCUGGUAACUGCCAACACCAUUGAUGAGAAGAUUGUGGAGAAAGCUGCAGCCAAGAGGCAACUUGAAAAGAUGGUUAUUCAUAAAAAUAAAUUCAAAGGGGGGAAAUCGGGUCUGAAUCAGUCUCGGUGUAGUUUGGAUUCUACUGAACUAAUGGAGUUGCUGAAAUCUCGGGAUCAUGACAGAGUAGUGAAAGGAAACACUGAGAAAGUGAUGAGUGAUACUGAUCUUCAGAUUCUCCUGGAUCGCAGUGACCUAAUCAAACAAACAAAGAAACAGAAUUCAAGAAUCAAAAGCCAGACAGACAAAGUCUUCAAAGUACUUGACAAUGAUGAGGCAAAUGCAGAAAUCCAGCUAUGUUGACUGAGAGAUGUGGCAGGCCACGUCUCUGCAGUCCGGUGUUAGCUACUCCUGUGGAGAACAGUUUCCAAAAGUUACUCAAUUUUUUUUUUGUUGCUUUCCAAACUGCAUCCUUAGGGUUAUUGAUCUGACAUGAUUUCCUGUUUUAAAGAUGGUUAAACUGGGGCUCUUUCUUGAAAUGUGCUUUUGUUUAGCACAGUAGAUUACAGGUGCAAUUUUUUUUUCAAUUUUGAGAUUUAUUGCUGCCUAAAAUGUGAAUAAUAGGUUGACUUCAAAUUUUUGACCCUUGUGCAGGUGAAAUGAGAGAAUAAAGAGUAUUUUUUUCUUUACCUGUACAAUUUAGUUUAUUAGUAUGUGGUGGGGGGAGUGUUCUUCCCUACCACAAUAUUUGCACACUUAUUGUCUCAGCAGAGUUCCUGUUGAAAAGAAACGGGAAGUUAAUGUUCUACCAUGUUGUGAGAUUGCUGGGAACACCACUAUGUGCCUUCUGUGGUAUCUAGUACCAGUCGGUGUUAGAAGAUCUGACGAUGUGUCAAUGAAUGUUUGAGUUUUAUCUUCCUUGCUUAUAAAGGGCAAAUUGUAAUCCACCAGUUUUAUUUUGAAAGAGGUGGUGUCAGUUGGUCUGGCUUCCCUCUUCCCUCUACCCUUUUGUCUAACAGAAAAUUCCCAGAGCACAGUUUUCCCCUCCUUUUGCUCAAGGCUAAUGAUGGUGAAAUUUAAGAAGCUGACGAUUGCCAAGUUUUUUUUGUUCCUCUUCCUUUCUUUACCCCUCCCCGGAUAUUCCUUUGAGUCAAGACCAGUUGUUGUUUAAUUUGAUCAUUGCUCUGGGGUGGAGCUUUUUGCUCACCCAAGUGGUUAUUGUUUUAGUUUGAAAGCCUUUAGAUAAAAGUUGCGAUAGAAACGUUAACGAGCGCCGCCUUCCACACCUGUGCUCUUUUUGGAGCAUUUUUUAUAGGGGCUGCGGAGGAGGGUGGUGAUAAAUGUUACCUCCUGUCAUUCUGGAUCAUGCAAUCCAGCUAUUGGAGCAGUUAGUGCAGAUUUUUACUUUGUAGACGUUGAACUGAAAAGAAUGAAAGGCUGGUUAGUGGUGAUUUUGUAGCAAAAUUAAGAAGUUAAACAUCUGAAAAUUAUUUCCUUGGACGAGUUUCUUGUUUUCAUUUUGGGUAAUAGCACAAGAGUUAAACAAAUACAAAUAGAAGCUACCUGAUGAAGAGAUUUAGCCCCUGUGCACUGCGAUUCUAGUUGGUUGAUUAGGGGAGGCUUGGUAUAGGUAGAUGCCUAACACUGCAGAUACAUGACUGGUCGUGCUUUUAAAAAAAAAGUGGGACCUUAAAAGGUUCAGCGUUGUGGAAUACUUUCUUCCAACUUCAAUCCCUACUCUGUGUUAAAUGCUGUUGUAUAAAUGUACAAAAAAUGGAUUUUAUUAGAAAUAAAAGUUUAA